AUGGAAGUUGGCCGCGAGGAAAUCGAACCGCCGAAUCAACAAGCAGCUACGGGGCGCGAUAAAAGUAAAACCGUGAAACUGCAUAAUUGCUGCGGAUCGAGACCGGUGACGCGGGCGGCCGUUCCGGACAUUCGGACCGGAACGACGCCCUGCAACGGACACGGUCACCCCGCUCCGCUGCACCGCCACGCCAUCGCGGUGCAACGACAUCCGUUCCACUUUCGAACGCUCUAUCCACUUUCUUAUGCAUCCAUCGACUCUCGUACGCGUUACAUAAGUUUCGUACAUGAGUCGGGAGUCCUUUCAAGAGAUUGUAAAGCGAGACUCUUUGACGCCCUGCACGGCGCGGGGGGGGGGGGGGGAAUAGGUGUGCGGCUGAGUGUGCGUCUAGUGCGCGACUCUGUGUACUUAGAGUGCAUCGCUCCCGGGCGCAGUGUCGUCGCACUGCAUAUAGGCCAGUGCACGCGAAUGCCCGGGGCCCCCUCCCCGCCCUCCCUCCCCCCUCACCCCGGCGCACCCGGCCUCGCUGCACCUCGCGAUUUUCCAUUUCCACCGCGGCGCCCGCCCGCCAAUUCUGCCACUUUUCGGUGUCGCGUGGCCCGGGCGCGGGUUCAAAGCGCUCUGUGCGACGCGUGUCGGAACGGCCUAAGCGCGCGUCUGCGGUGCGGCGCUUACGGCCUCUCGGCCCUGGGCCCGGAUGUGGUUACAAGUUCCCGCGGUCGUUGCCCGUGCGACGCCAUCGCGGCUCCCCUGCAUCGGCGGCGCAGGCCCAGCUACACACGAAGC